CCCGCCCACUAGGCGCUCGCCGGGCAGCGCGGCUGGGCGCGAGGCCAGCGGCGGCUCCGCUCUCCUCCGUCUCCUCCCUCGCCAGGCCGGGCCCGCAGGGGAGAGCGACUCUCGCCGAGGCGGCGGCUGGGUCCCGGCGGCAGCGCCCGCGCACACGGUAAGCGCUUUGAGGACGGAAGGAUCUGCCGAAGGGAACACCUGCUUUUGAGGGAGAACAAGUCUUCUGAGGAGCAGCUGAGGGACCUGGGGCUGUUUAGCCUGGAGAAGAGGAGGCUGAGGGGAGACCUCAUCGCUGUCUACCACUGCCUGAAAGGAGAUUGUAGUGAGGCUGCAAAGGUGCUAAAUCAUGGCUGACCUGGAUCACAACCUUAGUCUCGCUGAUGCGCUGACAGAGCCACCUCCCGAGAUUGAAGAAGAAGUGAAAAGGGACUUCAUCGCCACUCUGGAAGCCGAGAAAUUCGAGGAUGAGGUUGGCGAAAAAGUAGAUAAAACAGAUUACGUUCCUCUUCUGGACGACGACGAUGCGAAAGCUGGGAGCCAGGAACCAAAAAGCAAAGCCCACGCAGACGCUAUCCAGGUGGAACAUACUCCGGCUGGAGGGCCAACAGUUGUCGAAAACGGUGACCACGGGAUAGAAGACCAUCGCACAGUUUUCCCAGGAGAAAUCAUGGAUGAAAAGCUGUCUUACAAAGAAUUUCUCGAUCGCAACGAGUCGUGGGCGAUGGACGACAGAGACCUGUGCUUUGAGCCACAGCCGCUCUUCAAGCCCAUGGAGAUAGCUGACCCCAUGACCGUGCACAGAGGGGAGAAUCUGCCUGAUUUAUCCUUUCCUACCGACACGAAGAAUGUGCCGCUGUUCAUGGACCACGAUGAUGCUUCCAGAGAUGUCCAUGCACCGUAUGGAUCGAUGAUGGUCCCUGAACAACCUUUCUUCAGGCCCCUCUAUUCUCCUGCAGAAGCUCUGGACCCAUCAGCCUUCGUUGGUCUGGAUUCAACAGGAGGGUUUCUGCAGGACAAAGCAGCGCCUGAAGAACACUGGGUGGGAGCUCAGCAUGACGUGACGGGACCCGAUGCCUCGUUCUUUGUUGAGCCACCAGUGCCCCCGGCAGCGACUGAAGCAAUGAAGCUGGAGGUACCGGAAAGCCCUCCUGCAGCGGCUCCUGGUUGCGUCUCCAACACAGUAACAGCAUCGCCAGGAGAGGCUGGAGCUCCUGAUGGACCAAAAAGUGCGGCAUCAGCAGAUGCCGCCUGCGUUCCUGCCUUGGAUGUCCCGGCUGCUUCUGCAGACCAGGCUGGGUCUGCUCUUGCAGGAGACACCAAACCUGCUCCAUCUCUCAGUGCUGGAUUUGCUCCUGCAGCUGAAGCCGAUUCUGUCCACGCUGUAGAUGUUGGCUUUGCUCCAGCACCGGAAGCCAAACCUCCCAAAGCUGCCUCCACCCCGGCUGCAGAUACCGGCUUCGACUUCACCCCAGCAGAGGCCACAUCCCAUUACGCUAUGGAUUUGGAGUUUGCUCCAGUGGAAGAGGCAGGAUUUGCCCCAGCAGAAGACGCAAGGUUUGCCCCAGCAGCAGACGUGGAACCUCACAAUGCUGUGGAUCUCCAAUUUGCCCGAGCCAUGGAUGUGGAAUCAAAUCAUGCUGUGGAUUUGGCAUUUGCUGCCUCACCAGAUCCCAAAUCUCCUGGUGCUUUGGCUUCUGAGUUUGCUGCCUCACCAGAUCCCAAAUCUCCUCAUGCUUUGGCGUCUGAGUUUGCCGCCUCACCAGAUCCCAAAUCUCCUCAUGCUUUGGCGUCUGAGUUUGCCGCCUCACCAGAUCCCAAAUCUCCUCAUGCUUUGGCUUCUGAGUUUGCCCCAGCAGCAGAUCCCAAAUCUCCUCAUGCUUUGGCUUCUGAGUUUGCCCCAGCAGCAGAAGUCAACCACCACCACCCUCUGGAUUCUGGAUUUGCUGCUGUAGCAGAACCCAAACCUCUUCCUCCGAUGGACUCUGGAUUUACCUCUGCAGAAGUGAAAUCCGAGACGUCUGACGCCAAGGCUGCUGCACCAGAAGAACCGAUGACAUUGGAGUCUUCUCUUGAGCAAGACAAGUCCUCCGUCAACAAGCACCCCACAGAACCAACUGCGAAUGUGGAGCAAGAGUUGAAAGCCCCAGAAGCUCCUGCUGACCUUGAGAAAGCUGAAGGCAGCAAAGCACCUCCCAGUCAUGAAGAGCAUCUGCCAGAGCAGGCGAACCACCUUCCUGAAUCAACAGUUCCGGUAGAAGCCAAAGAAGCUGUUGCAUUAGAAAAGAAAGACCUUCCAGAAAAACCUGUUCCUACUGCAGAUGUCGCUGGGACGGAGAAACAAAAGACGGAGGUGGAACACAACCAUGUCCAUCAUGGAGAACCUCAACAAGAAAAAGCCCUGCAAGAACCCACAGGUCUACCUCCUGCACAAAUAAGGCAAGCUAACAAAUCCGGUGAGCGCAGGUUUGGCAGAGCAAAACCUGCACCGAGACCUCUUACAGAUGUACCAGAGGAACGUCUCGGAGGUCUCCCACCACCGAAGAGCGCUGACCCCAAAGUAGAACCCUAUUCCGUAGAGGAACCCGGCUGCGUUGCUGGAACAGCUCUUGGCAUUAGGGUUUCGCGCAAAAAGGCGGCCGAGCAGGCGGAGUUUGCCGAGAGCUGCCGAGAUAUGCCAAGGGAGAGCUGGGAUCUAGAAGGUUCUCUGGCCAUUGUGAAGAAAAAGAAGAAGAAGCCAAAGCAGAAGAGGAACCAGCUGCCAAGAGCGAUGGAGUUCUGGGAUGAGAACGGAACGGUCUCCAAAGCUCCUAGAAAUCCCCCGUUUGCUGUUGGAUUCCAUAAAGCGGAUGCACCAGUGGAAGUUCUCAAGAAGGAGGCGGUUCCUGCAGGAAGCGGAGCCUCAGAUACACCAAAGGAUGCUAAAAUAACUGGAAAUCCCAUCCUGGAGGAGCAAAAUGCCUUCUCAGUGCCAGCACCAGGCCAGCAGGCCCCAAAUCCCAGUGUGCCGUUAGGGGAGGAUGCAAAGAAAGGGGAUGUCAUGAAAGCAGAAGGAACGAAAAGGGAUGGUUUGAUGUUGCAAUCUAAAGGCAAAAGAAAAGAGGUUCCUUUGGAGAAUGUAGGACAGACUAAGGUGGGGGAAUCGGUUCCAGCCCAGCGGCCAACCAAGCCUCUGGAAAGAGAUGUUCUUGAUAAGGAUGAGAAAAGGGAGUUUAAGGAGUCGAAGCGUGCCGAGCUGGUGGCAUCUCCAUCAGGAGAUGUUGCUCGGAGCAAAGCAGGAAGUCCAUUACAGAGUAGACCUUCACAUUUGCUCCUUUCUGAUCAGGACAAGGGGGCUCAAUGUGCAUCUCCCAUGCGUGAAGCACUCGAUGACCCCGUCCACCACGAGCUUCAGGCGUCCAAGGGGUCACUGAAGGAAGGAGAGAAGAAAAGAGGUGGAUGUGAAGGCAGUAAAGGAGGUGCAAGUGAAUCUCUCAAAGAGGCUUCUCCUCUAGAGGCUGUGGCCCCACCGGAUGGGCUUCCCGGCGAGCCAAGGGCAGCUGGUGGAACUAAACCAAUGUCCUCUCCUAAGACCACAGCUGUUGUCUUCUCUACUUCAGAAGGAGUAAGGAAGACUCCAACAGAUGCUGCUGAGAUGCCUUCUACACCCUUGGGUUUACCAAAGCCUGAGGAAGUCAUUGCUCCACAGAACAGAAAGGCCGACAGCUUUUCCGAGACGCUUCUCCCAUCUGAUGCCAAACCUCCCACCUGCGCUCCAGCGGCCGACGGAGCGGUGGGACCCGAUUCUCCUGAUAAAACCAAAGGGAAAGACUUCCUUGGGUCAGAGCAGCAGAUGGGAAAAGAUCCCAACAGUGCGCAGGGGUUGGACAGGGCUAAAAAAAGGCGUGGAGAAGGGAAAGGGAAAAGGCUCAAAAGCUUCCCUGAGGAGAUGAUGCUUUUGGAGGACGGAGACAAGGUUGGUGAUGGAGGGAGGGUAGAAGUGGCUUUCCCUGAUGGAAGCAGAGGGUUUGCAGCACGGGGACACUCGUCUGGAAGCGUCGCACGUGCUUAUCCUGUAGAAAAGCCAAAAAAAAGAGGCAGCAAUGGGAGAAGUAAGAGAGGAGAAAGAAGCUUUUACCAAUCUGAGAAUAAAUUGGAUCCAAGCGGUUUUCCUGACAUAACCGAUAAAGGCGAGGAGAGGGGCUGUGGGGUUGCUGAGCGUCGUCAGGAGGGAACUCGGACCCCAAAGUCAACGGAGAUGGGGAUGGAGAAGCAGAAAGUAAGCGUUGAGAAGCAUGAAAUAGCUCCUGCGGGUGCUUUAGAGCGACUGCUCCCGCUGGAGAGUGGGAGAGAGGAGCCGAAGCGUCUCGCCGGCAUUGAUGUGCUCGGCAAAACACAAGAGGUGGAUUUGAUGAGUAAAAGCAAAGAGGGUGGGAUUAUUCCUGAGGUUGGGAUGAAUUCUGGUGCCACCGUGGUGGCAGAGAGACCCAGGAAGAGGGGGAGCGAUGGGAGAAGGAAAAGUGAUAGGAGCCCUUCGAGCCUGGCGGCUCCUCCGGAUGCUGGAGUGGAAAGCAGCAAAGAGAAGGGGGCUGGAAGCACGAAAGAUAAAGGUGAUAAAGAUAAGGUUAAAGAUAAAGAUAAGGUUAAAGUUAAAGAUAAAGAUGAUAAAGGUAAAGUUAAAGAUAAAGAUGAUAAAGAUAAAGAUGAUAAAGAUGAUAAAGAUGAUAAAGAUGAUAAAGAUGAUAAAGAAAAAGAUAAAGAUAAAGAUAAAGAUGAUAAAGAUAAAGAUAAAGAUAAAGAUAAAGAUAAAGAUAAAGAUAAAGAUAAAGAUAAAGAUAAAGAUAAGGUGUCUGGGUUUGGAAAGGACCUCCUGCUGGAGUAUCGAGUGAGUAAAAACCACGACGUGCCGGGGAAGCCUGAGCUGCAAGGUGGGAGCAGAAGUUUCUCGAAUCAGCCGGUUCUUUCAGGUGAUAAACUAGAAAGAGCAGAGCCAGAAAUAGGCAAGAGGAAAGAAACUUGGGCUGUGAGGGCAGGCGAGGAGCUCGAUAGGUCUGAGAGCAAGAGAGAUGCGGCUGUGGCACACGAUUCCCCGAAGGUGAUGGAGCAACCAAAGAGACAAAGUGGAGAUGGCAAAGGCAACAAAGCUGAUGGGAGUCUUGAGCGCUCCAUGCUGGCUCUGGGAGGUGAAGAGGUGGGAGAUAUUAAACAAGCUCAACCUUCUGAGAAAGGCAAAGAGACCGAUUCCAGUCCGUUAGCGAAUCUUCUGGGUGACCUGAGUGAUGGACAAGCUCCUGCUCUACCUCUGGAGCCAGAAAAACCACGCGCGGGUGGUAAAGAGCAAUGCGCGAGGGUGGAGGACACGUUUCCUCCUCGUGAGGUGGAGAGAACUGACAAAUCUGAAGCAGAAAGUCGCGCUCCUUGCAGCAGGAAGGGGGACCUUCGUAGCCCAGAGCGUCCCCCGGUGGCAGAUCCUGCUUUGGCCACAGUUAAGGAUAGAUCUACAAAGUGGUGCUAUGAUGGAAGCAGGAAAAAGGUGAUGAAUGUGGAGACCAAAGCGAACAGGAGUAAAGCGCAGCCUCCCGUGGGAUCCGAGAUGGAAUAUGGAAUGGGAGACAUGGAUCUUGUGGAUGAAAACAGAAACAUCAAAACCUUUGGUCCUCAAAUGCUUUGGGAUGAGAAAAGAAGCGACUUGGGAUCCGUUGCUCAGGCUGCAGGUCCUGACAACGCUGGGAAUGUUCCACGUGGCUUCCCGAAGCAGAUGGGUGAGGGUGCAGGGGGGAAGGAGCUGCCUUCUCCUGUGGUUGUGGCAGAGGAAAGCGUCAAAGAGCCAACGGCUGGUGCUGAGAAGACAGGGAUGCCGAAAUCCUGUGGGCAACCGAUCCAUCUGGGCCACCAAGAGCCUGGAAACAAGACUUCAAUGAAAGGUGAUGAAGAACCUGCUUCCCAGGGUGGCAGCGAGGCAGGGAAAGCCCUUUCUUCGGAUCAAGCAGUCGAGCAGGACAUCAAAUCAAAGAAGGGUGACGUUCACCUCGCUCCUGCGGCAAAGAUGGGCGAUAAAGAGACAACAACCACUGACAGCGCUUCCUCAGACCUUCCUCAGAAGGUGGUGGAUUCCAAACAUAGACCUGCUCCUGUCGGUGCCGAAGGGGCAGAGAAACUGGAAGCAUCCAUCUCUGCUGGAGAGAAGGACGCUGGGUGUGUUUCUUCAGAAGCCACCGCAAGAGCAGAGAGCAAAGCAGGAGCAGCCACGUCGCACGGUGGCGUGGAAGCGUUGGUGGAGACUAAAGGUGAAGGCGCUGAGCUGGAUGGAAGCGGGAGGUUGAAUGGAAGCCCAGGUGGUUUGGACGAUGUGGAGGCUGCUGGUUUGAAUCUGACGGCAACCAAAAUAAGUCUGAAAGAGAACAAGGAAGGUCUUGCUCAGCCUGAAGAAGAUGGUGCUGCACCCAACAAGGAGGCUCACCUGGACGAGGCUGUCCCAGCGUUGAAGUCUCCAGGAGAGAAACCUCAAGAGGCAACGAAAGUGAAAGAAGCAAGUCAACAAAAAGCUGCGAAGGAGGCAAAGAAAGACAAAAUCAACGCAGCAGAACCAAUCAAAGGCUACAUGAGACCCACCAAGUCCCGAGGGGUGGCAGCUCUGCCAGCCAGGUCUGUCGCUCCGGGCCGAGAGAUGCAAAGGCAGCUGAGACCCAUGAGCACGAGCCGACCGAGGCAAGAAAAAGUAAAACCAGAAGAGACCAAACCAGCGGACGCUGUGACCGGCAACGACAUCACGGCUCCUCCCAACAAAGAGCUGCCUCCCAGCCCGGAGAAGAAGGCAAAGCCUGCACCAUCCACAUCAUCUACAAAGCCUCCAGCACCGAAAGCCAGGUCCCUGCCCGCGGCCAGCCCCAAGCGGCCAGCGUCUGCCACGCCUGGCCCAAACAAAAAGCCCAUCAGCCCUACGGCAGGUCCUCCUCCAGCCACCACCGCUAAACGCCCAAGCACCAGCACCACCCGACCCUCCUCCUUAACUCCAAAAGAGACUAAACCAAAGGUCACCGACACGAAGCCCACAGAGAAGCGGACCUCACCUUCCAAGCCUCCAUCAUCUGCCACUCCUAAAACUACUGCCCGGAGCACCCCUGCUACUCCUCGGACAACGACAGCAUCGCCGGUCACUGCAGCCGCUGGCGCGAAAACCACCGCUGCUUCUCCACCGAAGAGGCCAACGUCCAUCAAGACGGAUGCAAAGCCUGCAGAUGCCAAGAAGACCACUGCGAAGUCACCAUCAGCGGACUUGAGUCGCCCUAAGAGUGCUACUGGAAACGCCGUCAAGACCAGUGCCACCACUCCUACCACCACCUCCAACGCCGCCGCGGGACCCGGAGUCGCUGCCAGCCGGCCCAAACCUAAACCUGCUUCAACCAAACCCACCACAACCCCAACUGUGACCGCAGACGCUAAGAAACCAACUACUAAGGCUCCGACUAAACCCAGCACCGUCUCCAAACCAUCUCGUCCACCCAGCAGCGCUUCCGUUCCAGACCUGAAAAACGUACGUUCCAAAAUUGGAUCAACAGAUAACAUUAAACAUCAACCCGGUGGAGGAAAGGGGAAAAUAGAGAAAAAGCCCGAGUCGACCGCUGCUUCCCGCAAGUCUGAACCCAAAGCGGUCUCUAAAAUGACCACUGCUAAACCAACCGUAUCAAAAGAGGGUCCCCCCAAACAGCCCAAUGGGAAAGUCCAGAUAGUCUCCAAAAAAGCGAACUACAGCCAUGUUCAGUCCAAGUGUGGUUCCAAGGACAAUAUUAAGCAUGUCCCUGGAGGUGGGAAUGUGCAGAUCCAGAACAAGAAAGUUGACCUUUCCAAAGUGUCCUCCAAGUGUGGCUCGAAAGCAAACAUCAAGCAUAAGCCAGGAGGAGGAGAUGUCAAGAUAGAAAACCAGAAGCUGAACUUCAAGGAGAAGGCCCAACCCAAAGUGGGUUCUCUGGACAACCUGGGACACUUGCCAGCAGGAGGAACCGUGAAGGCUGAGGGGAUCGUGGAGCCAGGGCAGCUCCCAGCAGCCCCUCAGAACGGAGAGGUGACAGCGGCCAAGGCAGGCCCCGAGAUGCGGGAGAACGGCGUAGGGCCGGCGGCGCCCGCUGCCCUGAGCGCUGGCGACCAAAGGGAAAUUCAGAGCUUCGAGACUCAGAUACAAGAAACAAGCAUCUAAUGAUGACAUUAUGAUUGACUCUCACAAGCUGACGUUCCGUGCGAAGGCCAAGGCUCGAACAGACCACGGAGCGCAAAGCGUCGCCUCCAACCCCCCCACCUUUCCAGCAGCACCUCCCCGUGACGUAGCACCUCCGUCAGCAGAGCCUGGGCUCAGUCGCCUCCUUGUCACCGCUGCAACAGCCAGUUCCCCUCGCGGCGCUUUCUCAAGGCUUGUGACCCCCUUUUUUUUUUCCCCCCCCCGGUCCCUUUUUUCUCGCCGUUCCAUGCCGGAAUAACGCAGCUUGGCUCUUUUAACUUGGCUUUUCCAUGGGGAGGGGGGGAAGAAAGGGUCAGCGUUUAGCAGGGCUACCGUCCCUUUCGCCCGUGGGGUCGCCUUGGACGUUCGCUUCUACCAGGCUGGAAAGUUCUUCCCUCCUUUCUCCGCGUCUUCGGCUAUUCCUGGGGGUAGGGGGUGGAUCUUAGGGUUGAUUCCGUGCGUCGGGAAUUCCGCGAGCUUGCGCUGCCGAAGCCAGGCCAGAGUUAAGAGGGAGAAGCUGUGCUCCUUCUUGCUUUCUUUUCUAACCCUUUAACCUUCUCCUUCCUCGCCGCUUCCGUCUCUGCCGCCCCCCGGUUGAUGCUUCUCUCGAUGACACGCAGACGUUAAGCUCUUUUAACCGGUGACUUUAACCUUUUUUUUUUUAACCCUUCGUGACGACGUGUUGAGGAUUGAGCGUGCUGCGACCCCCUCCGCCGGCUCCUUUCCUCUUUCCUCCUUUGCCCCCGUAGGAGAGUAGAGGCGUAACCGCUGCUGCAGUGUUGGCUUUACUGACAUAUCCAACCAUCGUUAACUUCGCGUCGUUGUUCGUUUUGGGGUUUUUUUUUGUUGUUGUUUUUCUUUUGAAUCAAGCUUUUCAAAAAACGAUGGAGCGAAAUUCCUGGGAUUUAAGCCAUGUCUGAAGGAAAGGCACGGGAACGUGGUCAAGGGAAUAAACCGUAAGAGGUGAAACCUGCAACGAGAGGCGGUGAAUCCGUGCUUAGAAAACCUCCCGGAGGGCCGGCGCAAUGCCGAGAGCCUCGUAAAGUGGUUUAUUUAUUGACUCGCAGAGCCGAAGCCGUUGGAUUUGUCUUUUCCCGGCUGGGGCGGGAGGUCUGGAGGAAGAGCAGGAGGCUUUUUGGUGCCGUGGAGUUGCAGGUUGAGGCGGGUCGAGUUGACUUUGGAGGCAGGAGGAGAUGGAUGGUUUGCACGCGUGGUGUUUUCCGGAGUCGGCAGCUGGCGAUCGGCGUCGGCCAACCGAGCGGAGCGGGAGGGAAAGGCAGGAUUGGAGCCAAGAGGGAAGCGGAACCCGUGGCCGGGUAGGGAACCGGCUCCGAAAGCCGGGAAGUUGCAGCUUUGAUUAGGAAAGAGAGUUUUCCCUACUGAGCGGUUUGAGCUCCUCGUUUUUCGUGUUGCGAAUGACACUAAGGCGAUGAAAUGUAAAUAAAUAAACCAAGCAAAGUCUUCUCGGGUCGUCAAAGUAAUUUAAAGCAAAAAAACAAAAACAAA